GCUGCCGCACCAGCAAGCAGGCCUGGAGCGCACACUCCUGAGAAUCUGCAGAGGUGGGGGGCUCCCAGUCACUGAGACUCCAGUUCCGCACAGAAGGCUCAUGGAGCCGGGAGCACGCGGGGCCCUUUUCGCGAGGGCUAGCAGGUUCCUUCUGGACUUGUAGGGCGCCGCCCCAGGCUCGCCACGAUGGCGCAGGGUUUUGCAGUGGGCUUCGACCCACUGGGCCUCAGAGACCUCAGCUCGGGCUCCCUGAGCUCCCUCUCCUCCCGCGGCCACCUGGGCAGCGACUCGGGCUCCGCAAUGCGAUACCUGCUGAAGAAGCAGCAGCGGCUGCUGAACGGGCCCCCCCGUGGAAUCCGAGCCUCCUCGCCCAUGGGCCGCGUCAUCCUCAUCAACUCCCCCAUCGAAGCCAACAGUGAUGAAAGCGACAUCAUCCACGCUGUCCGGGUGGAGAAGAGCCCAGCAGGGAGACUGGGUUUCAGUGUGCGGGGCGGCUCUGAGCAUGGCCUGGGCAUCUUCGUCAGCAAAGUGGAGGAGGGGAGCAGUGCAGAGCGGGCUGGCCUGUGCGUGGGGGACAAGAUCACGGAGGCGAAUGGGCUGAGCCUGGAGAGCACCACCAUGGGCAGCGCCGUGAAAGUGCUGACGGGCAGCAGCCACCUGCACAUGAUGGUGAGGCGCAUGGGCCGCGUGCCGGGCAUCAAAUUCUCCAAGGAGAAGACCACGUGGGUGGAUGUCGUGAAUCGGCGGCUGGUAGUGGAGAAGUGCAGCUCGACACCGUCCGACAGCGGCUCGGAGGACGGGGUGCGGCGCAUCGUCCACCUGUACACCACGUCAGACGACUUCUGUCUGGGCUUCAACAUCCGUGGGGGCAAGGAGUUUGGCCUGGGCAUCUAUGUGUCCAAAGUGGAUCAUGGUGGGCUGGCCGAGGAGAAUGGCAUCAAGGUGGGGGACCAGGUCCUGGCGGCCAACGGUGUCAGGUUCGACGACAUCAGCCACAGCCAGGCCGUGGAGGUGCUGAAGGGCCAAACACACAUCAUGUUGACUAUCAAGGUGGGCAGGACUGUGGGUGUCAGGGAGAGGCCAGACUAUAGGAGGAACUUCCCAGACCUCUCUAGAGUUUAAUGCCCAUUGCCCUACAACUUACGACUUUUCCACAGCCAUUUGAGAGGGCAGGCAUUGUGCUCAU